CAGCAAUACGACUUAGAACUGUUCUUGCAAAACAACCUGAUCUCUUGCUCAAGCUCUGAAAGGAAAUAUUGACUUGGACUUACUCUCCUUUGUUUUUUUUCUGAUGUGCACCCUAGAUAUUGUUCAGGGAAGAAUUUAAGACUUCAUUGCAGAGGCCUUGGACUGAAGGUGGAAGAUAAACUCCUCUUCCUUGGGACUGCCCUGUAAGAGAGUAGAGAGAAUUGCAGCCAGACUUACUCAGGAUGAAUGAAACCUGCAUGUGAUCGACCAGUGACACUUCCAGACCUUGUGAAUGAGUUUUGUGAAGUAUGCAUCAAUUCUUUGGGAUCUGCAAGGAAAUUCUUUCAGUGCACACAAUUAAAGAAAGAAUGUGACAUUCCAGUGCAAGCUGGCAUCUGUUCUCCAGUCUGCGUGGAAGUUCCUUCGGAGACGGAGGCUGUGCAAGGAACUCACAUGAAGCUGCUCUGUAUCUCCUGCAUGAAGAGAGAGGAAGUGUCUGCAAGCACUGUGGUGGAAUGGUUCUACAAGACUGAAGGGGGGAAAGAUGAGCUGAUCUAUGAAUACAGAAAAGUUCACCAUGAAUUUCCAAGCCGCUUCAGUGGCCGGCUACAGUGGAAUGGGAGCAAAGACAUGCAGGAUGUGUCCAUCACUGUAUUAAAUGUGACCUUGAAUGACUCGGGGAUCUAUACCUGUAACGUCACCCGGGAGUUUGACUUUGAGAUCCAUCGCCCACUCUUCACAAGCUCCAGAUUGAUCCAUCUCACUGUGGUAGAGGAGGCUGGAGAAGAUUUCACGUCAGUCAUCUCUGAAAUUAUGAUGUACAUUCUUCUGGUCUUCCUUACUUUGUGGCUGCUGAUAGAAAUGGUCUAUUGCUACAGGAAGGUCUCCAAAGCAGAGGAGACUGUCCAGGAAAAUGCGACUGAUUACCUCGCCAUUCCCUCGGAAAACAAGGAAAACUGCGCUGUGCCUGUGGAGGAGUAGCCAAGGCUGUGACCUGCAAUAAGGGACUCUGAAGUUGGAAGGAUCAACUCACUCCAGCCAGGUUUGGGAGAACUCUAUGGCUCCGGGAGGAAAUAAGGGAAGGUGUAAAUUCUCUUCCAUUUGCCUUGGACAUUGCACAGCCUUGACUUCGGCUCCAGGACUCCAUUUGCUAACGGAUUCUCCUUUGAAGCAUGUUGAGCCAAGAAGGCUGGGGUAUGGGUAGCACUGCUCCUCCCUACGUUUUGCUCCCACUGUCAUUUAAUGGUCUUGUAAAUACUAGUAUCAUUUAUCAACCCUCACCAUGUUUCUUUGCAAAAUAUGUUAAUUUGACAUUGCUGUGCUCAGGGUGCUGUUGCAUUAUCCUGACACACAUGGUCAUCCGCAAGGUCAUUUUAGCAUGGUGCUCAACCUUUUGAGAGAACCUGAGCAGUCACUUUAAUUAUUAAAAAGAUACCGUAACUCGGCACCACCCAAUGCUUGCUGUCUCCCAUUCCAAUGCUUGCUCCCCAUGCUGCCCUGGACUUUAGGCUGCUGUUGCAAACAUAAGACAAGAUUUGGGGAAGCAGAAGGUUCACAGCAGCUUAGAGCUACACAAAAAUGUACGCUAACGCUCAGCAUGCAGAGAAUUAGUAGGCAGCAAUCCACAGUGCACUAGCUUGAUGUGCACCCCCACUCCUGCAUACAAGUUCCAUGGGGUGCUUUAACCUACUACAGAACACUUGUUACAUGGUAGCAGGGGUCACGCAGCAUGUGGCAACCUAGUGCAAUGUAGAUUUAUAGCCCAGCUUGCUGUAUACUAACCCUGUAUAGUCAUGCCCUUAAGCUGUACCACUGCUAGUUUGGGAUUCCCUUCCUAUAAGCUGCGACAAUUCCAAGAAGUGAUGUCUGUUUCACUUGGCGACCACUUGUCUCCAUUAGCUUUGUUCUGUUGACGUACGCCACAGGUAGUGUUUGCUUAUCAUGGAAAUAACCUGUAUCAAUGAGUGUCUUGCAACAACCACAGGAAAGCAGCCCUGAGAGAUACUCCUAUUUGAGGACACUUUGCUAAUUUAAGGAAGAGAGUAAAAGGCCGGAGCCCCUGAAGGGAGGAGAGAGAGUCUGCUUUAGGUAAGCAAGCAAAUGGACCGGACUGCUGAUUCCCACAUGGGGACAUGAGGAGGUGGCACUGGAAUUUGUGGAGCUUUUUAUAACUAACUAAAAAUUCCUGGCGGGACAGUUGCACCACCUAGAGGCAAACCGUGAUGCUUUUCUCCCCUAGCCAUUAAUAACGCAUUAUUAUUUCCUGUGAUAAUUAGUCACGAUGAAUACUCGGCGUUAGUCUGAUGUGACUCAUUAUUGCAGAGCAAUUCUCUUGUAAAUUAAGUGACACUUAUAUAGUACUAACACUGUGUAUAAAGAGUUGCAGAUACAGUGUCAAGGGGGGCAUGGGGCCUUUAUUAAAACAUUUCAGCACGGUGAUGGAGGUUUCCCAUGUAGAGGAGCAUUAAUCUUAGAAUCGGAGAUUACUGGGGCAACUAUUUGUAUGUAGAAGUGGCACAUGCAAGUGAGAUGCUGCUGAAUGCUGUUUUUCAGGAAAUAGGAGUUUUUGCUUCGAAGAGAUACUGUGAUAGCUACAGUGCCUCUUAUACAGCUUGCAAGAGUUAAAUGCACCUGCCACAGGGAUUCUUUGCUCCCAAAUAAAUAGACAAAGCACUCACUAACCCAGGCAUGCCUUCUGCAUACGGAAUUCCUCUACUUUGGUAGGCAUAAAUCACAGAGUGCACAAAUCCCUCGGAUGUGAGCUGAAGUUAGACAGGCCCAAACCAGAAUUCCUUGGUGGUGGUUAUUCAGAGACCCAACCAGGAUCAGAAGCUGCAGACUAUCCUGAUUUUUUUUUGUAACUCUAAACCCCAGUUCCAAACAGACCUGACCCAUAGGCUAUGUCUACACUGGCAGCUUCUUGCACAAGAACAACUGUUCUUGCACAAAAACUUGCCUGCUGUC